AUGUCGUCUUCUAGGAUGCCUUCUUCCAGGAGGCCCUCUUCGAAUUCUUCACUUUCCAAGAAUCACAUUUUCCUCUACGGAAUCUGGAGCCAACCGAAGACCCUUUAUAACCUUAUUCUUUCCAACUCAGAUCCCGAUCCAUUAUUGACGGAGAGAUUCGCUUUUAUACAAGCCACUCUUAGCGAUGACCCCCUCCAAUCUCCUCUUUCCGAUCGUCGAGGAGCAAGCAUAAAGGGCGUUUACGUCACGGGACUGACGGAAGCGGAGAUCCAAAAGAUGGACAGCUUCCUUACGGAUUGCGCCCGACACGAGGUCUUUGUUCAGUUCAUCUGCCGCCACGGGAAGAAUUGUACCAGGAAGGCGUUUGUCUGGAUUCCGCGCAGCCCAGCUAUCGAUGGCAUUCAGGCCUGGGACGCAGCUCCCCCUUCGAGGCCCAGCGGUGGUGCCAACGGAGGUGCCAACGGAGGUGCGCGUGGUUUCAACCCUGGAGCCACUCAAGGAUCCAACUUGACAUUUGGCGGAGCUGCAUUCGCUGCCUGA